AUGCCAGUUUAUAAGCCACCUGUGGUCAAUAAGUUUGGAGUAAUAUCUUCCACUUAUCACGAAGAACUCCUGAAAUCUAAUUUUGAAAGUGCCAACAGAAGGAAGUGUCAAAAACCAAAGCCAUCAUUUUCAAUUACCAAAGAAUUCAUAUUGAGAUUCAACCACACAGACAACCCAGCAGAGGAGGAAGAACUGUUGGAACAAGCCAGGAAACUCAUUGUCAGGUGUAAGAGGAAGUUGGGCCUCAAGACGCUGGGCUCUGGGAAGCACGUGCAUCUCCCGACUGUGUGGGCUGAGGUCAUCUAUCUGGCUCAGUGCAAAGGGGAGAUCCAGGAUGAAGCCUUAAAUAUGCUGCAUGCCUCCCUGGACCAUGUUUCCUUUGAUUAUGAUCAACUUCCUGCCCUGUUUUUUCUUGCGGAAUCAGUUUUAUAUCGACUCUGUUGCGAUGCAUUCAUGAAGGGAUAUUUAUAUUCAGUUGAGAUAAAACUUGUGAAGAUUGGCUAUUUGAUCUUCUUACGGCUUUUUGUAUUUUUCCUGCACGGUCACUUAGAAAGUUUUAAACAACAUUUGCUUAGGCUGCAGCCAUAUUUAUACGCACUUUAUUUCUCUGAGUCAUCCUACUACAAGUAUCCAAACAUCUUCUCCAACGUGCAGUUCAUCCUGAAAACAUCGGAACUUAUAUGUAAAAGAGAGCUCCAUUCGGAACUGUUUGCAGAAAGCUCGGAUGAGACGGAGGACCUGUCUUCUGAUCCGAAUCAUUUGCAGCUGGAUAAGAGGGGCUAUGAAGUCAACCACCUGCUCUGGCACAGCGUGGCCGCUUGGUCCUGCGUUCAGCACAAUCGUCCUCAGCUGAGUGAAGUGCUUGACCACCUCCUCUUCCACAAAAUGCAGCUUCGGACGAAAUGCUGGUUGGAUUCAGUUCUGGCUUUGUUGGUCCUGGGGGAAGCUGCUAAGUUGAACAUGGCCUGUUUGAAAACACUGAUGGACCUGAUGGCAGAUUUCCUCAAGAGUGUCCUAUCUGCUCAGAACCAGGAAGAGGAUUAUAGUACAUAUGAUAUUUCCUGGGCCUCAGAUAUUAUCUUCACAUAUUCAACAAUUAUUGCGGAAGUCUGUCUGUAUGCGGCUACCUCUGACCUGAGGAAAACGGCUUUGAUUGGGUUCUGCUCCUGUAAGAGUCCGCAGCAGGAUAAUAUCCUCACGGACAAGUCAGUAGAGCUGCCAGAACUGGAUGGGGCAAGCAUCUUAACUCUUCUGAAGUAUUUCUCCUCCAGAAUCUCUGAUAAUUGUGAUAAGGUGAUCUGGACUGGAUACUAUGGCGUAGUGUAUAACAUGGUGAAGAUGUCAUGGGAGCUUCAAGGUGAUGAGGAACAGGAUGGACUUAGAAACAUGAUAUGGCAAACACUGCAAAAGAUAAAGGAUUACGAGGAAGACCCACGAAUCCAAUGCGCAUUAGUUAUAGCCCAGGCCGAAUUAAAUGACCCAUCUGACCCUUUUGGCACAAAGGCCACACCAAACUCAGGAGAAGAAGUUUUCUCCAAGUACAUCGGGUGGAGAAUUGCUAACACUCUCUCCAGACUCUUUUUCCCCUCUCUGGACCUCAUGGCUCUCCCUUCAAAGACGCAGGUGGAAAGAGACCUGCCAAGGAAACACAUCAUCAAAGAACAGCAGCCCGCAAAAAAGAGAGUCCUGCGUUUUAUCUUAAAGGAUUAUUCUUCUGUGGUAGAACAUUCCAUGUCUCCAUAUCCAAAUUUCUUCACCAAGGCAGAUAAGAAAUUGGAAGAAAUCAUUAACCAUCAUUGGCAAAAAGAUAUGGAGGCCCGAAAGCGAGAAGAAGCCACGUGUGAGGCUCAAAAUCAGAAGGAUAAGGAGGAAAAGGAGAAGAUUCGCUUUCAAGAAAUUAUGAAGCAGAGAGAAAGGAAACUGAACAAACAAACCAAACCCUAUGAAAUAAUUCCAUCAGCAAAAGAAAGUGACCCAGAAAACAAAUGUGAGUUCUACAAGCUGGAACCCAGCACCACACCAGACGCUAAGUGA